GUUUGAGCGACGGGAUUGUCUCGUUGUGUCUCGUGGGUUCGUCCGGAGAGAUUUUCUACUGUGUUUCGGUGAGUAUAGCCGUUCAUGAACCGGGACUGAGCGCGCUCAACAGCUCUCACGCCGUCCGGUGAUCAUAAUCGCGAGUAAUGGCUGCUGAGGUGAAUGGCAGCUCUGGAGUGUUGAAAGAAGACGAGGAGCCCAUGGAGGUGACCGCCGCUCACACAGAGAAUUAUCAGACGCUGCUGGACGCUGGACUGCCCCAGAAGGUGGCCGAGAGCCUGGACAACAUCUUUCAGACCGGUUUGGUGGCGUACGUUGAUCUGGACGAGCGAGCGCUUGACGCUCUGCGUGAGUUUAAUGAAGAAGGCGCUCUGUCAGUGCUGCAGCAGUUCAAAGAGUCCGACCUCUCACACGUGCAGAAUAAGAGCGCUUUCCUGUGUGGGGUGAUGAAGACGUACAGACAGAGAGAAAAACAGGGUAAUAAAGUUCAAGAGUCGACUAAAGGCCCAGAUGAGACCAAGAUAAAGGCUCUGCUGGAGAGGACGGGAUACACUCUAGACGUCACCACCGGUCAGAGGAAAUACGGCGGCCCUCCUCCAGAGGAAGUGUUCACGGGGCCCCAGCCGGGCAUCGGCACCGAGGUGUUUGUGGGUAAGAUCCCACGUGACCUGUACGAGGACGAGCUGGUGCCGCUGUUUGAGAAGGCCGGUCCCGUAUGGGAUCUGAGGUUAAUGAUGGACCCGCUCACCGGUCAGAACCGCGGCUAUGCCUUCAUCACCUUCUGUGGCAAAGAUGCCGCGCUGGAAGCGGUUAAACUGUGUGACAACUACGAGAUUCGGUCGGGGAAAUAUCUGGGCGUGUGCAUCUCUGUGGCCAACAAUCGCCUCUUCGUCGGAUCAAUUCCAAAGAACAAGACCCGGGACAGUAUUCUGGAAGAUUUCGGCAAAGUUACAGAGGGUUUGCAGGAAGUGAUUUUGUACACGCAGCCGGACGAUAAGAAGAAGAAUCGCGGUUUCUGUUUUCUGGAAUAUGAAGAUCAUAAAUCAGCGGCUCAGGCGCGCCGCAGGCUCAUGAGUGGGAAGGUGAAGGUUUGGGGGAACCCUGUUACCGUGGAGUGGGCCGACCCGGUGGCAGAGCCUGACCCAGAGGUUAUGGCAAAGGUGAAGGUGUUGUUUGUGCGUAAACUGGCCUCACCGGUCACAGAGGAGUUACUGGAGAAAACGUUCUCUCAGUUUGGGAAACUGGAGCGAGUCAAGAAGCUUAAAGACUACGCGUUUGUUCACUUCGAGGAGCGAGAUGCUGCAGUCAAGGCGAUGCAGGAGAUGAACGGUAAAGAACUUUGCGGUGAGCAUAUCGAGAUUGUCCUGGCGAAACCUCCAGAUAAGAAGAGGAAAGAACGACAGGCUGCACGACAAACCACCAGAAACACGGGGUAUGAUGACUAUUAUUACUACCCUCCCCCUCGCAUGCCUCCUCCGGGGCGCGGCCGUGGGCGUGGGGGACGUGGGGGCUACUCCUAUCCCCCUGAUUACUACGGGUAUGAGGAAUACUAUGACGACUACUAUGGUUAUGAUUACCAUGACUACCGUGGUGGCUAUGACGACCCGUAUUACGCUUAUGAUGAUGGAUACGCCAUGAGGGGGCGGGGCAUUCGAGGCAGCCGCGGAGCUCCACCGCCUCCCCGGGCACGUGCGGCUCCUCCGGCGCGCGGCAGGGGCGGCUAUCCUCCGAGGGGCGGGGCUCCUAUGAGCGCGGGUCGCGGUGGGCGUGGGGCUCGUGGGGGGCCCUUUCAGCCUAUGAGGGGCCGCGGCACUCGAGGGCUCCGGGGGAACCGUGGAGGGAACGUUGGCGGUAAGAGGAAGGCGGACAUAUUUAACCAGCCAGACUCCAAACGCCGCCAGACCACCAACCAGCAAAACUGGGGCUCACAGCCCAUCGCCCAGCAACCGCUGCAGCAGAGCUCCGACUACCCCGGUAACUACGGUUACAGCAAUGACGCGCUUGAGUUCUCCCAAGAUUCCUACGGCCAGCAGUGGAAGUAGAACCGCGAUUAUCGACGUCUCCACAAGGUAUACGACAGUAAAACCACAUCGAAACACCAACCCACCCUCCUCCUGAUAAUCAAGACCUGUGAUUGGCCAGCAGUGUUUGUUUGACUUUUAUAUUAUCCUCCAAUCUCCUUCUGUCCGUUGCCCUUUAUUGACUUCACACAUCCUGAAUGGCUGAAGAGCAGAAUGUAUCCGACCGCCCCCGAGCUUUACUCUUGUGCUCCGACACGAGCGGGACGUUUGUCUUUAACAGACCACUUUUAUUCCUACAUCCUCAGUUGUUUUAAAGUCAACAUGAACAUUUUAAAGAAGACACUGAUACUUCCAAACAAACAGAUGUGUGAGAGGACGUUAAAUCAUGAAAUUACCUUCCUCUCUUUCCCUCUGUCUCUCUCUCUCUCUCUCUCUCAGUACUAGUGGCGUAGGGAUUUGCUUGUAAAUAAUGGCUGUUGACUAGAGCUUCAUUUUCAACAUUUUUUCUUGUCUUUUUUUUUUGCAGACGUGGAGAAAAGAAUCCACAAGAAGGAAAAAAGGUUUUGUAGCAGGAGUGUUGUUAAAAAUGUCUGUUUAGCAUUUCUAGAAGUAGUUGAAUUGUGUUUUUUAAAAAACUGAUGUACUGAUAUUAUAAACUUUUUUGGGGGGGAUUUUUUGGUGAGGGUUUGGUCUGGCUUACCUUAAAAGCUACGGCCGGCUGGUCAGGUGUUUGUAUUUAUAACUUUUAUUUUUUGUUCAGUUUCAUUAAAACUCAGUCGAGCAGCUUCCACUGCUUGAAGGAGCUUUAGAUGUGUGAUCACGAGUGUCGUCA